AAGAAGACCCAAUUUCGAUACAACAUUCCCACCUUCGAUGUCUACAGAACCCCAUCAUUUUCCAUCUAUUUACUCUUCUGUAACAGCAGAAAAGUUUCGAGCUUUCGCGCAGUUCGGUGGGCUUACCAGCCGCAGAAACUCGCUGAGGAAGAAGAUCACUGACGGCCCAAGGGUGAACCAGAAUUCCAUUCCUUUAACCCCAAGUUCUGAAUUUCAGUUUUUGAAUAGUAAUGUUGUUGAUUCUGAGAGUCAGUGUAGUAAUUUGAUUUCUGAUGAUAGUGUGAAAGAGAGUAAAUUUGGUAAUGGGGUUGUUGAUGAUAGUGUUGCUGAAACGGGUAAUGCAGAAGAAUCGAAUUCGAAGCGUCUUGGUGAUUCGGUUUUGUUGAGUAAAUUGGAGGGUUGGAUGGACAAGUAUAGGAGGGAUACUGAGUACUGGGGCAUUGGUUCGGGUCAUAUUUUCACUGUUGUGCAAGAUUCUGAUGGUAGUGUGAAGGCGGUUUCGGUUAAUGAGGAUGAAAUCUUGAGGAGAAGCCGAGUUGAGUGAGGGGAACUGGAGGGCUCGGUGGAGA